GGUUGUCAGUGAUGUUCCGAAAGGACGGGUCUUUGCCCUGUUGGCUGAUUUCUUGCCGAUCCCGGCAGGCCGUGGACGGACCCGGCCCUGGCGUGCGGGGCCUCGGCCGUCCCGGAAGUCUGUGGCGCUCGGCGUGGUGCGGGCGCUGCGAGGACUCGGCGUGGCGCGGGCGCUGCGGGCGGCGUGGGUGGCUAUGGGGCGGCGGGCGCGCGGCUGGCGGCUACAGCAGCAGCAGAGACCCGAGGGCCCAGAGGAUGCAGCCCAGCGCGGCGGGAAGCGCAGCGCGGCGGGCUGGGAAGGCGGGUACCCCGAGAUCGUCAAAGAGAACAAGCUGUUCGAGCACUACUACCAGGAGCUCAAGAUCGUGCCCGAUGGCGAGUGGGAGCAAUUCAUGGGAGCGCUUAGGGAACCCCUCCCGGCCACCUUAAGGAUUACAGGUUACAAAAGCCAUGCAAAAGAGAUCCUCCAUUGCUUAAAGAACAAGUACUUCAAGGAGUUGGAGAACCUGGAGGUGGACGGUCAGAAGGUUGAAGUUCCCCAACCCCUGAGCUGGUAUCCUGAAGAACUUGCAUGGCACACAAAUUUAAGUCGGAAAAUCUUGAGGAAGUCUCCACAAUUGGAAAAGUUUCACCAGUUUCUGGUUAGCGAAACUGAAUCUGGAAACAUCAGCCGUCAGGAAGCUGUUAGCAUGAUUCCGCCUCUGCUGCUCAAUGUUCAGCCUCAUCACAAGAUCUUGGAUAUGUGUGCAGCCCCCGGGUCAAAGACCGCCCAGCUGAUCGAGAUGCUGCAUACGGACAUGAACAUCCCCUUUCCAGAGGGGUUCGUCAUCGCCAACGACGUGGACAACAAGCGCUGCUACCUGCUGGUCCACCAGGCCAAGAGGCUGAGCAGCCCCUGCAUCAUGGUGGUCAACCACGAUGCGUCCAGCAUCCCUCGGCUGCAGAUGGACGUGGGCGGGCGGAAGGAGGUGCUCUUCUACGACCGCAUCCUCUGCGACGUGCCCUGCAGCGGAGAUGGCACUAUGAGGAAAAACAUCGAUGUUUGGAAAAAGUGGACCACCUUGAAUAGCUUGCAGCUACACGGCUGCUGGUGGUCGGUCGGUCCUGAGCAACUCAGCUGGUUCGCGAGGUCCCUUGAGAAAGCCCGUCUCUGCUGCACCGCAGUGGAGAGCGAGAGCAUCCAGGUCGUCCUGGAGGCCUGUGAGAGGCGCCUCUGGCAGGCCCUCAAUGUCUGCGCCUGCCUCGAGCACCUCGUUCUGUCGUGUUUCUUGCGGCUUCUCCGUUGGUGUGAGUCCCACGUGUCACACUGGGAGCGCUCCCGCUCUGUGGAGAGGCGUGAGCCCACGUGUCACACUGGGAACGCUCCCGCUCUGUGGAGAGCUCUGUGUGCCCACGUGUCACACUGGGAGCACUCCAACUCUGUGGAGAGCUGUGCGCCCACGUGUCACACUGGGAGCGCUCCUGCCGCUGCCCUGUGUUCCGCUAUCACAGAACUGACCUUCUGGCCUCUGCCCCUGGUGUUGCAGGUCAUGACAAAGGACGGGCAGUGGUUUGCUGAUUGGAACGAGGUCCCACACAACAGACACACCCAGAUCCGACCCACCAUGUUUCCGCCAGAGGACCCAGAGAAGUUGCAGGCCUUGAACCUACAGCGGUGCCUUAGGAUCUUACCACAUCAUCAGAAUACUGGAGGGUUCUUCGUGGCUGUGUUAGUCAAGAACUCUCCAAUGCCGUGGAACAAACGCCAACCAAAGGUACACGUCUUCUUCCCACUAACAUCCUGUGACCCUUGGAAACCAGGAACCCUCCAGUGCCCCAUUGUCAUGUGUGGAUGGCGCGGAAAGGCCUCCUUCCGAACUUUUGUGCCCAAGAAUGAGCGGCUCCAUUAUCUCAGGAUGAUGGGAGUGGAGGUGCUGGGAGAGAAGAAGAAAGGUGUCAGCCUGACCAAGGAGAGCGCCGCCGGCUCUGGGCCAGCGGAGACUGAGAUGCAGGCUGAAGAGGCCGGCAGCCGAGACAGGGCAGUGGGCGGGGACGCAGCCGGGAAUGGCAGCCCAGACGGGGCAGCGGGCGGUGACGCAGCUGGGAAUGGCAGCCCAGACGGGGCAGAGGGCAAUGACGCAGCCGGGAAUGGCAGCCCAGAUGGGGCAGCGGGCAGUGACGCAGCUGGGAACGACAGCCCAGACGGGGCAGAGGGCGGUGACACAGCCGGGAACGGCAGCCCAGAUGGGGCAGCGGGCGGUGACGCAGCCGGGAAUGGCAGCCCAGACGGGGCAGAGGGUGGUGACGCAGCCGGGAAUGGCAGCCCAGACCGGGCAGAGGGCGGUGACACAGCCGGGAAUGGCAGCCCAGAUGGGGCGGCGGCUGUGGACAGCAGCCCAGACGGGGCGGCAGGUGGUGACACAGCUGAGGACAGCCUGCCCCGGUGAGGAGGCCGUGUCCCGGGGGCAGCGUGGCCACGCUUGGGGACAGCUUUACCGCGGUGUAGCUGACACCACAUCCAGGCCUGUGACUGGAGACAGUGGUGGAGAGACCAGAAGC